AUGGGUUCUUGCUAAGGGACAACAUAAGAUUUACAAUAAGAUUUACGAAUGAGAGAAAUAAUGUCAUAAUUUUAGGUUCCAAUGCCUUAUACAGAUGAAUAUUAAAUAUUUUAGACUUUGAAAUGGCUUGAAAUGUAAUAAAAAAAGAGAAUAAUAGAAUUCAACAUAAUAGUAUCCCUCAUUUUGGAUUAAUUUAUUCAAAAGCAGCUGCAUCAUCGAAUAAGUUAAAAGACUUUGUUAAGAAGUGGAGAACAAAAAAUGAAUAUCAUAACCAUCCUAAUUUGUUAGCAAUUCAUAAUAUUUCUAUAAUAGAAUCAAUGAAGGUUUUUAUUCCUUAUACUGAAAUAAUAUUACUAAUUGAUAGACCAAUAGAACCGUUAACUCGUCACAAAAAGGUUAUAAUGAAAUAACAAUUCAAUUAAGAUGAAAUCUUAUUUCUUUUGGAUUGUGUAGUAUCAGCAUUUGCAUUUUAAUAAGCAAAUAAGAUAUAUCCAUCAGCCUUUGAUAUAGAUGAUAUUAUAACAGUUAAAACUCCUUUUAAUGUGGAUGUUUACAAAUUAGUAGAUAGGUAUUAAAAACCAAUAAGAUAAAAUUUGUUUUAAGAUUUCAUAUCUCUUUAUGAUGAUAAGUAAAGUAUUAAGUUAUAUAUAUAAACUUUAAGCUUUGAAUGAAAUGAAGAAGACAGCAUUUCUAUCUCCAGCAUAAAUAGAGGCUAUUCCAAGAAAAGAUAAAGUAAUGAUGUGAUUAUUAAAUUAGUUUCUCAAACAUAAUAGAUAUAAAUCAGAUGUAUUUAAUUUUGGAACGAUGCUUAUAUAUUUAAUUUAAGCAAAAAAACCUGAAAUAUAUGAUUGGAAGAGAUGGUCAAUAGACGAUUUCGCUUUAAGAAAGGUUUAAGAUGAUUUAAUUACAACUAAUUUUAAUGAAUAGUUACUACAUUUGAUUGAAUUGAUGUUAAAAGUUGAUGAAUAAGAAAGACCUGAUUUUAUACAGUUAGAUGAAAUGGUAAAUAAAUUGUUUCAGGAUUUAAAUAGACAUCGUUUAUUAGAAAAGCAUUAACCUUAAGAAUUCUUUAUUGCUGGUUAAAAUAAGCCUUCAUCCUAUGAAAAUUUGAUAAGUUAAAAUAUUUUCUAAUCUAAACAUCCAUAAGGUUAAGCAACAUCUCCAACAAUGAUAAAAUCUAGUUAAUAAGCAGAGUAAUAAAAAAUAAGACAAUAAGAUAUGAGUUAAGUUUCAAUUAAGGAUUCUAAAUGGCAAGAAGUAAAAACUUAGGAAACAAAAAUAGGUUUUGAAAAUGCUGUGACUUAAGGAAAAUUACACUAUUCAAAUGGUUUUUAUUAUAUUGGAUAAAUUUGUAAUAGAAGAAGACAUGGAUUAGGCACUUAUUAUGAUUCUGAUAAUUAAAAAGUGACUGAGGGAAUGUGGGUAUUUGAUAUUCCUGAUGGUGAUGUUACUUUUUAUAAUAAACCGAAAUCAGAAUUAGAGAAAUCACAUAAGAAUUUAUCAAGAAAAGAUUGGAUAUAAUAUAAAGGUUAGGUGAAACAUGGAUAAAAGCAUGGCAUCGGAGUUCUCUAUUUUUCCGAUGGAUCUAAAUUUAUGGGAGUCUUUUCAUGUGAUUAGGCUCAUGGUAAAGGUUAAUUUGAAUAUUAAAAUAAAGAAUCUUAUACAGGUACUUGGUAACAUGAUUUAUAUGUUAGUUGA